AGGCGCAAAGCGUAUGCGUUUUGAUUGAAUGGAACUUUGGAGUCGAAAGCAUACUUGACCGAAGAGAAAGUUCAAUCGGGAGAGAGGAUGCAUUGAGCCAUGUGCUACAACAAAUGUAUUGGUAUCUGUUGAUAAGAAGCAGUGAUAAAUGAAAACCUUUUUAGCUCACAUUUAGGUUACCGUCUCGGAUCCUCCUGAAGUAUAACUAUGUCGCGACUGCCAUUGGAAACUGAUGCAAAGAAACGAACAUAAGGUUGAGGAAUAGAAACCGACUGAAAUUCAGCCUGUGUAGGCGUUUGCACAAUUCCUUUAUUUGUCCUUUGAAACCCAUUGUGUUUUGCUUGGAUAUCAUGCCACGCUUUCUCGUUCUCGCUUGCUUGGAUUAAUUGAUAACCACAUGCACCUGCUUGGUUGGAUUUUUGGAACCUGCACAACAUGUAGGCCUAUGAAACAUUUAGGCAAAAAUGUGUCUAUUCUGAAUCGUGAAUGCACACGUCUCGGUCAUUAUUGUAACACUAGUUGACUUGAUUUCUUGGAUCUUUCAUAAGUGGAAUCAUCUUUGCAUGAGCCUGGAACGUUGGACCACUGAUGGCGAUGACACAGCGGCCGCGGCAUAUGUAAUGUCUCAAGGAUACCGCGCGCCCCUGAAGUUUACGUUUUGGAGAUAAUACUAUUUCUAACAGCAUAUGCAUGGCAUACAUUGCUCAUCAUAUCGAAUAUCAAAAUGAUGCGCACCGGCCCAGGCCUUGUCUACGAGUGGCUACAGACUUUUCAGCUGCCUCAAUACUUGGAGGCGUUUGUGGACAAUGGAUACGAUGAUCUGGAAGUUUGUAAACAAAUUGGGGACCCCGAUCUUGACGCCAUAGGGGUACACUCGCAGCACCACCGACAAAAAGUACUCAACGCGGUGAAGAAGUUAAGAGAGGAGGACAAGAAAAAAGCUCCCGGUCUUUACUUCACCCUCGAGCCUCUGAACCCCUCUCCCCUUAGCCCCUUGUUGGGCACCAGCACCACGCUCAUCACAGAUGGCGAGAAUGAUUUCCAGUGGUCAAGGUCAUGGACAGAAUCCAAUCAGGAGGAAGUUGGAAAUGGAGGUCACCAACAAUCACCUUGUCCAACAAACCACAAUCUAAGUUUAACUGAUGAUUGUAAAGAGUUGGUGACCAAUCCCAAACUGAAGGUCUUGAUCAGGGAUAAACUUGUGAAAGAUAGCGUCAACCUCAAUGAGUCGCCAUGCACCUAUAAGGAUGGCUCCUUUGGAACCUUUGAGGACUUGGCUCAGGAGUACUCAGAGUAUUACAGCACUUCUCUCACUGACGUCCAAGACAGAAUGGAGGAGAUCUGCAAACGCAAACUUGUACAAGUUGCAGAAUCAGAGAUGGAAAAGGUUGAGUUAGUGCCCACAUCACUGCAGCUUCGCUCACCAAUCCAGGAUUCGCUAGGGCUGAGUAGCAUUAGCGCUGUGUACACUCCCGAGACAGAGAGAAGGUUGUCCAUGCAUAAAUCAAGUUCUGAGGAUGCGUCAGAGGGAAAAUGGGACGGAAAGAGACAGAAAAACAAGUCAUUCUGGCAGAAUUUCCGGAAGUCGCAGAAAGGUGUCGUGCGGCAGACCACAAGAAGUGAGGACAUAGGUUUUGUAGCCAGUGACAUCACUAUGAGUGAUGAAGAGCGCAUCCAGCUGAUGAUGAUGGUCAAGGAGAAGAUGAUAAGCGUGGAGGAGGCCUUGGCAAGGCUGAAAGAGUUUGAGAGCCAGAGCCGACAGAACUGCAGCACUGAUCUUACAGAAUGGCCUGAUGCUCCCAGUCCAACCGUGAACGAGUCCUCCAACUGCAACUCAUGUGAGCAGUCGGAUGGUGAACAGGAGGAGUCCGGGACGUUCAGACGGCUCCAUAAGCUGGUCAGCUCCAGUCGUAGGGUCCGCAGGAAACUCCUCAGGAUCGACGAGUCCAAGAAGCCUGGGUCUGACGAGUCUCUGAGUAUGGUCGGGCCUGUCCCGGGUGAUGCCAUGUCCUCUCUGUCCCUGUACUCUGGGGUUCAGAAGAAGCAGUCUGGCGGGUUUCACCACGAUGACUCCCUGGCCUCCGCCUUGCGCGACCAGCUGACUUAUGACCUCCGAGACUCGGACAGCCUGACCACCUCCCCCUCCUCCUCCUCCUUGGACACCUGCAGCAGCAACACACACACCCACAGCCUGGAUACAGUCUCCAGCACCAGCCAGCGACUGUCCACAGCCUUCAGUAAGACAGGAGGAUCCAGCCCAACCUGUAGCCCAGGGAGAUACCCGGACACAGGCCCCAGCGGCGACGUGAGGGCCGGGGGUAGUGGUUCCUCCCUGUCAGAGAUAGAGGUUGGUGGUGGAGAGGAUGGACCCAGGAUGGCCCGGUCAGUCACGGAUGGAGAGAUCAGGAGAGUAAUCGGCCCACUCAGCUACCAUGGGAGAACCUGUAGCUUUGGUGGGUUUGAUCUGACCAACCGGUCUCUGCACAUGGUCACCGGAGAUCAAGAACUCACUAACAAAGAUGGGGAUGCCAGUGUGAAAGGCGUAGUCAAGUCUCCACAGACGAACCAUCGAAUCUCUUUGGGCAAGAAAGUGAAGUCCGUGAAAGAAACCAUGAGAAAACGCAUCUCCAAGAGAUACCACUGCGCUCUCUCUGAACAGUUAAGCCCAGACCGUAUGUCCAGCGGGCCCCAGUCCCCCCACAGCCACUCAGACACAGACUCACUGGAGAAACCCAAGCUGAAGGCUGGAGGGUCAGUGGAGAGCCUGAGGAGCUCCCUCAGCGGACAGAGCUCCAUGAGUGGUCAGACAGUGGGCACCACAGACUCCUCCAACAGCAACCGAGAGAGUGUGAAGUCUGAGGAUGGAGAGGAGGAUGAACUUCCCUACAGAGGACCCUUCUGUGGUCGAGCUAUGGUGCACACUGACUUCACCCCCAGCCCCUACGACACUGACUCUCUCAAACUGAAGAGAGGUGAUGUGAUUGACAUCAUCAGCAAGCCUCCAAUGGGGACGUGGAUGGGCCUGCUGAACAGUAAGGUGGGAACAUUUAAGUUCAUCUACGUGGACGUUCUGGCUGAGGAGGAAGACAAACCUAAACACACCCGACGGAGGAGGAAGGGACGGCAGCCCAAACCCACCUCUGUAGAGGAACUCCUGGAACGCAUCAACCUCAAAGAGCACCUGCCCACUUUCCUCUUCAACGGCUAUGAGGACCUGGAUACCUUUAAGCUUCUGGAAGAGGAGGAUCUAGACGAGCUUGACAUCGGAGAUCCUCAACAAAGGGCUGUGCUGCUCACCGCUGUGGAGCUUCUGCAGGAGUACGACGGUAGCAGCGACCCGGACCGUAGCAGCCAGACAGGGGGUUCUCAGGAGAAGCUGUUACUGGACCGCCGGGGCCUCCUGGGGGACUCCCCACGAGACUCUGGCUGCUACGAGAGCAACGAGAAUCUGGAGAACGGAGGGAGGGGCAAAAAGACGUCUUCUUCCAUGAGCAGGUCCUCGUCCGGUUUUCAAUCCAGUCACCUCCCAUCCCCAGAGUCCCCCGGUCUCCCCCUCACCCCGACCCACCCCAGCCUCCCCCUGAUCCACCCCAGCAAGACCACCUUACAGACCAGACCAGAGCACCAGUCCACUACCUUACCGUCUCUAGGGGCCUCCGUGAACAGCUGCAACCUUCUGAGCCCAGGCAGAAGCCAGAGCCAGAGCCAUCGCAGUCACACCCACAGAGCCAUGCCACUGAGGAGCUGGAGCUGUGGUAACCUAGGCCUGGCAGGUAAGCCUACUCCCACAGCCCUGGGGCUGCUCCCCCUGGGGGAGCUUCACUCAGACCAGGGCCUCUACACCACUGAGCUCCACACCCUGGAAGACAUGACGCCAGCUCAUAACACCAUGUCCAAAGCUAAGGGACAGGGCUACCCUACACAAGAGGAGGCCCUACAGCAGUUGUCGACACACUCUGAAGGAUCUUUCCUGUCCUCACAACCACUGCUCACCUCACCUUGUAGUGUUCUGUCUGAUACGUUAGAGUUGGACAUGGGAGUUCCCAGGUUAACAGACCUCCUUCCAUACACACACCUCAAAAUAUCCACUCCAGCACCAGGACGUAGGCCCAAGCAUCGUUCAGCCAAGCCUUUCCUGUCAAACCCAUGUAUACCAUCAUCACCCCCAGCAAUGACCAGUGACGGUGGUAGUGCCUAUAGGCUCUUCUCUUUAGAUGGCACCUCUUUAAAGGAUGAAGUUAUUACAGAGGCAACAACCCAACCGUGCAGCUCAGACCCGGCAACCCAAACCUGUAUCUCAGACUGUGACCUUGCAGACUGUCCUCUCCAGUCUGAAGUCCACAUGACGCAGCCUGCUGGGGGAAUGGAAACUAUGCCUGUCAGGUCAGUCAACCUGGGACCCCUCUUGGAGGAAAGACUGGAGUCAGAGGGGAUAGAUCUGACAGCGGAGCCCUUCUCUGACAAGUAUGGUCGCUAUGGAAUCCCCCAGUCUCUGGUCCAGAGGUACGCCACUGACCUGAACCAGCCUCUAACAGAGACCAUGUAUGCCAUGGACCUGCUCAGACUCACACAGCUCCGCAAGCAGCAGCGCAUGGCAGUGUGUCAAAAGCCACAGACCCUAGCGCUUGGACUAACAGCAGUGACUGACAACUGACAAUUUACUGCAGCUUACUGGGUUUCCUAUCAAGGUUUCAUAUCAAGUCAUUUACCUUUGAUUCUAAGCUAUUAUGACCAUUUCUAAGCUAUCAUGUGAAUACAUGAAAUACUGACUGACUACUGAUUUUAUUAUUUUUUUUCUUCAUUUAAAUAUUGUAUAAGGUUGAGUGCCAUUAAAGCAAUACAAAACA